AUGAUUUGGGAGCAAGUUGCAUUUGGCAUGCAGCAGUAUCUACGAAGUGAUGAUUGGGCAACUAUCGCCUUCCAGAUCCUAGUUGCAGCUACUGACAGCUUCUGCGGCCUGUCAGGCCAGGACUCCAUUGCGCGAGCGAUCCUCGCACCGCUAGACUCGGCGGCCGGACUGCUUCUGAUCUUAGCCCUUCUCCACUAUUUUGAGUUUAUCCACGGUGGCUUCUUUUUCUAUCUCCCGCGCUGGACCCUGCUGCACACUCCAGAUAUCAUGCAAGCGGUUCCAAAUCUCGAGUUCCCGAUCCGGACGGAUUGGAGGCAGAUCGAGAAGCCGACGAGGAUAGCGCAGAUACGGUGGAGGAGGACUCCUAACGAGGAAGCGACCGACUAUGAGGUUAUUCCCAAUACGAGCCUGUUCAUCGUUCCGUAUAUGAGGGCUUGGGUCUCCCCACGAGCCUCUGCUGCGAACCUGCUACAGCAUGAGGUCGUGAUGAGUAGGGCAAGCACAGGCGAAGCAGCAGCUCGAUCCCUCGCCCAGUUUCUAACCGUGGUAACAUGGAGCUCGAUCAUGUUUGCCGUACACAAUGUCGUCCUCUGCUUCUACAUCGACAAUUGGAAAAUCUAUUUCGCUCUCGCGUUUGCAGGCCUUGGGCGCCUUCUGCUCACAGUCUUUCAAGCUUCAAGUAUCUUCACAUACUCGUGCCACUACAAGGGUGUCUGCACCUGGGCCUCGCCACCAUUCUUCCGCUCAGAUCAGUUCGAAGCCUGGACAUGGGACCAGGUGAGACAGGAUGCGUUCGCGGCAUCGGUCCGCACGUGUCUCUGUCGCUGGGACUAUCCCACCAUAGCAUUCCACCGCCUAGUGGAGCUUCUAUGGAGCCCUGUCAUCUCGUACAUCGUCCCAUGCCAUCUCCCUGGCGCCUCGAUGUACUCGAUGUUCCGCAGCCCACCGCAAGAUGAAUAUGCGACGGGUGGCCGUCUUGAAGUCAGGAUUUCCGAGCGGACAUCCAGCUCCGUCCGAGACGUGUUCAACAUUCGAUUCGUGGGUGUGCCAGAGGCCAUUAAACUACUCCUGCGGGGCCCGCUGAUUCCUUCUUAUGAGGAGAAGAUCCUGUUUGGCGGCUUGACUGCUUUGCUCGCUCUCGUGGGGAUCGCGGAGCCCGUGGUUGUUGGGGUAAUGGAAGCGAGCGGCGUCCCCAAAGCCUUAUAUCUGCUGGAACAGGCUGUUGUUGCGCUAUUUCGGUAUUAUGAUUUCUGUGGUAGUUCGAUCAAUACGGAAAUUGGACCUAGUGUUCUGGUGCCGGGACCGCAGGGGGCGGAUCCCGAGGUUGGGGGCCCGGGGCCCAGUACUAAUCUGCCACAGGCAUCGGGGCAUAUGAUUGAUGGAGAGCAUAACGAACAGGACCUGGGUGUCCGUGAGGUCGAGUAA